UCCGCGCGCCGCCGCGCCGCCGUGUCGGAGGCGGGAGGGGUCCGGCGCAGCCAUGUUCGUGGCGCGCAGUAUCGCGGCGGACCACAAGGAUCUCAUCCAUGAUGUGUCUUUUGACUUCCACGGGCGGCGGAUGGCCACCUGCUCCAGCGACCAGAGCGUCAAGGUCUGGGAUAAAAGUGAAAGUGGGGAAUGGCAUUGCACUGCUAGCUGGAAGACACAUAGUGGAUCUGUGUGGCGUGUGACAUGGGCCCAUCCUGAGUUUGGACAGGUUUUGGCUUCCUGUUCUUUUGACCGAACAGCUGCUGUCUGGGAAGAAAUAGUAGGAGAAUCAAAUGAUAAACUGCGCGGACAGAGCCACUGGGUCAAGAGGACAACGCUGGUGGACAGUAGAACGUCCGUUACCGAUGUGAAAUUUGCUCCUAAGCAUAUGGGUCUCAUGUUAGCAACAUGUUCAGCAGAUGGGAUAGUUAGAAUCUAUGAGGCUCCAGACGUCAUGAAUCUCAGCCAGUGGUCUCUGCAGCAUGAGAUUUCAUGCAAACUCAGCUGUAGUUGUAUUUCUUGGAACCCUUCAAGCUCUCGUGCUCAUGCUCCCAUGAUUGCUGUAGGAAGUGAUGACAGUAGUCCAAAUGCAAUGGCCAAGGUUCAGAUUUUCGAAUAUAAUGAAAACACCAGGAAAUAUGCAAAAGCUGAAACUCUCCUGACUGUCACAGACCCUGUUCAUGAUAUCGCCUUUGCUCCAAACUUGGGACGAUCUUUCCACAUUCUUGCCAUAGCAACCAAAGAUGUGAGAAUUUUUACAUUAAAGCCUGUGAGGAAAGAACUUACUUCCUCUGGUGGGCCAACAAAAUUUGAAAUCCAUAUCGUGGCUCAGUUUGAUAAUCAUAAUUCUCAGGUCUGGCGAGUGAGUUGGAAUAUAACAGGAACAGUGCUGGCAUCUUCAGGAGACGAUGGCUGUGUGAGGUUGUGGAAAGCUAACUAUAUGGACAACUGGAAGUGUACUGGCAUUCUGAAAGGUAAUGGGAGCCCUGUCAGUGGGAGUUCUCAGCAGGGAAACUCAAAUCCGUCCAUAGGUUCAAAUAUCCCAAGUCUUCAGAAUUCACUAAAUGGAUCUUCUGCUGGCAGGUAUUUCUUUCCCCCUCUGGAUUCCCCACGGGCUGGAUCGAGAUGGUCCAGUUAUGCCCAGCUCCUUCCUCCUCCUCCUCCUCCUCCUCUGGUAGAGCACUCUUGCGAUGCUGACACUGCCAGUCUCCAGUAUCCUCACCCUCGCAGACGAUCUCUCUCUCGGCCUCUUAAUCCCUUACCUGAGAAUGAAGGGGUUUAAAAAACACUGAUUUAACACUUAAAGGCCUUAUUCAAGUGCUUGUAAAUGCUUUCAUUCCUGGCUUUUUGUUUUUCUUUCAGAAGAUUUUUCUAAUUUAGGGUGUGUCUUGCAUGUAUUACAACCAGAACAUGGUGUUUGGAACCUAAAUGUGUUUGUGCUUUUGCAUCAAAGGAAUAUUUGUUUCAUUGGUUGAUAACCUUUGAUGAAAUGAUGAGACAUGUACACACAACAUUAACUGUGAGUUACACACAAAUGGUUGACUUCAAAGUGCCUGUUCUGUACAUUUUAUUUUGAACCGUUAUGGUGUUAAGUUUCUUAUGGUUUGUCAUACUGGUUAAUGUGAAAGCAUAUCAUAAAGUUCACCUUGCCUUUGAGACGUACUGAGAACUGUUUCUGAUUUUUCAGGCUAAUGUUGCAACUGACUAGUUUGUAAAAUAAAAUCAUUCCUGUGUAUAAAGCAGCAAAACAUAAUAAAGACUGUUUGGUCUUUUUUUUCUUUUAAAGAAA